AUGCUUCACCUCUGCAGCAGGUGUUCUGUAGGAUCCCAACUCCCUCUCGCGAAUCAACGGAAAGCUUUCUUGAGAACUUUUUUGAACCUGGCCGUCGUUUCUUGGCUCGAUGCCUCUCAUGAAACACAAUACCUUUGCCCUGACCCCAAUGCCCAAUCACUCCAUGUCUUCUUCUCUGUUGACUACAGCAGUGAAGCCGCGACUGUCUUGUUCAAGAUUCGACUCCCGAUUGAACAGAAGACUUCAUCCCAUACGAAGAGACACCUGUCUCUCUUCAUCCACCCGGAGCAAGUUAUAUCCUUAACUCACCAUGGUCUUGAGCCUGACGAGGCGCCUGAGCAAGUACGACAAAAGCUUGGGCAUGGUGUAAUCUGCCUCAAGUUCCAGCUGCGUACUCGUCCAGAUAUGAUUGUACCCAAGAACUUUGCACCCAAGAAGCAGGAGGAUUGCGAAUCGCUAGAUGCCAUGAAGCAACUCGCUCGACAAACAGCUCUGAGUAUCUACGUAGGACGCGACGUUCUACCAGAUGCCCAAGCUCGCAUCCUCUGCGACAUAGCCCUUGAUCCUGAAACCAGGACAAGUUGCUUGGAAACCCAUCUCACGGCUGUCUACGGACACAGUCGUGCCAGGCGUUGGCUAGGCUCUGCAGAUGCGCCAGCAGCAUCGCCUCCAUCAUACAACCAAGCACAAUGUGAAUUGCCGCUCGUCGACGAAAAGGAAUCUACCACAGUAGAUAUUGAAGUUGCGACCAAGAAGCGGAAGUGGAAUGGUGAAGGAGAAGAACAUUCUCUCGACUCAGCCUCACUCAAGGCCGCCGAGAAGCCCGUCGAGACGGUUGCCGAGACACAACUCGCCGACAUUUUCCGACAUGAAUUACAGCAGGUCAAGAGGGAAAUCCUGGCGCACGUCGACAAGCGAUUCGACAAUCUCGACAAGCGAUUCGACAAUCUCGACAAGCGAUUCGACAAUCUCGACAUGUACAACAAGGAUGAGGUGGACGAUAGAUUCUACGUGACGGAGAAACAGGCCGAGGGCAUAAUGUCAACAAAGGUUGAUGAGGAUGACCUGGACGAUAUCAAGAUGGAACUGAAGGUUUACGCGAAGGAAGAGGUUAUGGAAAUGGGGGUUAAGGUGGAGAAGCGUGUUGGGAAGCGCCUCAUCAAGCGCCUUAAGGCGUCUUCGCGGAACCUUGAGAUGGACAGCGACAGUAAGACUAAUUUGCCUUCGUCUUGAGGUGGCAAUAAACUGAAGCUACUGCACAAAUUUCGACCGGAAUACGUUCGUUUUUUUCUUCUCGUUUAAGUGCGCUGUCACGAAUGAUACCACCAGUUGGAUGAUGGUUCAGCCAUUGUUCUCGUUGCUGCCGUCACGUACCCUUAUCCCAUCAAGAUACUUCAACAUCAACCGCAACCCCAUGUCUCCCAAUCAAUGUAACUCAACUCUAUCCCGAAAGCACAUUAUCCUCGUUCCAAUGGCGUCAGGUCCUGUCAAUGUCCAGCUCGUGUGCAUCCAACCAUCCCUGGCGAUGCCGUAAGCUCACAGUAGAUGUUCGUCGCAGAAACUCCUUCCGGGUCACGCCAUUCUAUUGCCACGCCCACUCCCUUCAAUUCUUUAUCAACACCCCCCACCGCCUCCGCCAC